AUGGCAGUCAAUCGGACCGCGUCAGGGGCUUCGCAUGCCGUAGUCCCAAACGAGAAAAACAAGCACAUUUUAGUUGGGAUGAGAGAUGGAGUUACUGCAGAGUUCAAAUUGGUACCCAAAAAGGAUGCGGUUGUCUCUGUCUUUGACUCCAAUUUCUUGAUUGGUGAUGGUAUAUGGGAGGGAAUCCGUGCAAAGAAUGGUCGAAUUCAAUUCGCAAAGGAGCAUAUCGACAGGCUGUUUCAAUCCGCCAAGGCAAUGAUGAUGGACCUUGGUCUAUCCAAAAUACAACUGCUCAACCUCUUACAUCGUACUGUCGACGCGAACAAUAUGUCAAAUGAGCCACAUGUACACAUUCGACUUGUUGUGAGUCGAGGACUGAAGUCAACGCCAUACCAAAACCCGACCGUGAAUAUCGGACUCCCUCUUAUUGUCAUCAUCCCCGAGAUUAAAGCCACGGAUCCAAAUGUCAAAAGCAAAGGUCUCAGGCUAGUCACUUCGCAUAUUCGUCGUGGACCUCCAGAUGUCAAAGAUGAGAUGUGGAAUCACAUCUCCAAAGCGACCGAUGUGCAGGCCUGCAUCAGUGCCAAUGUAGCCGGUGUUGAUGAGGCUCUAAUGCUUGACCUUAAUGGCUUCGUGAAGACUUGCAACUCAACGAACUUCUUCAUUGUCCGUAAUGGAGAAGUGUGGGCCCCAACCAAGAACAACCAAAUGCAGGGAAUCACGCGUCAAAAGUCCAUUGAUGUUUGCCGAGCAAAUGGGAUUCCUAUUCGCGAGUUGGACUUUACCUUAACGGAAGUCUACGGUGCUGACGAGGCCUUUUGUACUGGUACUUUUCCAUCCCAGCUUCAUGUAGUUGAAGUUGAUGGGCGUCAGAUUGGUGACGGGAUGCGAGGUCCAGUGACGGAAAGAAUUCAACAGUUGUACUCUGAGGCAGUGCAGCGGGAUACAGAAAGAUCCAGGUCGGAAAUCGAGACUGAGGUUCAAUCUCGAAAUUUACGGUUAUGA